UUGCUAUACUCAGUAAUGAUCAUUUCUGAUCUCGUUUGUUACACCUAAACCUUUCAUUUCUGUCUUUAUUACAACCUUAGACUUUAACAACUUUAUAAACCACGAUAUACCGCCAUCUAGUGGUAAAUAAUAACAUUGCUACAACUGUCGACGUGUCAUCAUAAAGCUGCAGGAUAUCUAAUGAACAAGAGCAGAUUUUUUUGUAGUAUUUUUUUUAAUCAUUAUUAUUUUUUUGAGAGCAAACAUUAUUACUUUUUUUAUUUUAUAUAUUUUAAAGUAGCAAUAACAGGAAUAAACAACUAUAAACAUGUCCUAUUGUUUGAGGAUAUACAAUUGAAGGACACAAUUGAAUCGAAAUCAAUCGAUUCAAUUAUGUUUAUUUUAUAAGGUAACAAUGUUGAAUGAGUACCUGCUGGACUAGACAGCGUGGUAUAAUGGUUAAAUGGUUUUAGAAGUGAUGAAAAACAUCAAGACUUCUGUGUGACAAUUAGUUUAGAUCCUUUAAUUAGUUUAGAUGUCUACAAUUAUCACAUUUCCUUCUAAUAUAAUUUAUAUAGCCUAGAGAAAUAUCAGAAAAUAAUGUCGUGAAUCAUCAUGAAUAUUAUUAAAUAAAUUAUACAAACCACGCAACAGCCCUGUCGUCUUGCUUGCUUAUUUAUUUAUUUAUUUAUUUAUUGACUUAUUUAUUUAUCUAUCUAUUUUUUUUUUUUUUUAUUUAUUCAAAACCUGACGUGAUUUUUACCAGCUUCCGGGUUAUGUGGGAACUGACGUCACCGAUUCUAAGGCGUUGCACUUUCUUAACAGCAAUGUCCCGCCCACACGCGUGAUUUCAUUGGAUGUUACGAGUGACUUUUCCCCCAGACAACGAUUUCUAUUAGACGGUUUUGGUGUCAUUCAAGACUUCAGUCAACAAGAUAGGUUGGUGACACUGACGGGAUGGAUGCGGGUAAGGCUCGUAAGAAAAUACUAUUACUCUGCAUUUUUGUGAAACUUUAUCACUGUUUAACGAAAUCAACAGUAAACGACGUGAUAUGAAGGAUAACUCGCAUCCCCACGGGUGUUGAAGCGGUUGUCAGGACUCGGAAUGUGAAACUGAAUGUUAUAGCCUGUUUCCAGACACAAACCGAUAACAGUUGGACAGCACAGUGUCGAUUCUCACUGCAAAAUAACUGCUGUGGCACUGACUGGGAGGGAUCACGUUUAAAUGUCUGUUUAAUGGAUAUAAGUGCACUACGUAGGAUACAAUAUAAUGGUUUGUACAGCCUGUGUAGUGCCCGAGUAGAGAUCCAGGCUGUGGUUGUAAGGUGUAAAUGCCCUAGACGCCCUAUGAGCGGAUGUGGUGGACAUCACUAAGAAUUUAUGAUGAGAAAUAAUGUCUUCAAGUUGAGAAAUAAAGUCUUUCUCUAACUGUUCUGCCGAGCCGACUGUCUGUCUGACAUGUUCUUGCAUCACCACAGGGAAGAUCUAUACAUAGCUAUUAGAUGCCAUCAGUGUAAUACAUUAUUUAGUACAGAUGAUAACACAGCUUCAUUGGGAUGCCAUUAAAAUGCUUUUCCUCUUUCCAUCCCAGAAUGCUUUCACACUACUAUUAAGGCUGUUUCUUUCUGUCCGAACAGCUACUCUUACCUACGACACACUACGAUUUGGGGAGUUUGAGGAUUUCCCAGAGACGUCCGAGCCUGUCUGGGUUCUAGGGAAACAGUCCAAUGCUCUGACAGAGAAGGAUGAGAUUCUGUCAGAUAUUACGUCACGCUUGUGGUUCACCUACAGAAAGAAUUUCCAGGCAAUUGGAGGAACAGGGCCUAUGUCUGACACGGGCUGGGGAUGCAUGCUGCGAUGUGGACAGAUGAUUCUUGCUGAAGCGUUGCUCCGCAGACACUUGGGUCGUGAGUGGAGAUGGGUACGAGGUCAGAAGCCAAAAGAAGAGUAUAUGAGUAUCCUCAAUGCCUUCAUAGACAAGAAGGACAGUUACUAUUCUAUUCACCAGAUAGCUCAGAUGGGAGUGGGAGAGGGUAAGUCCAUAGGCCAGUGGUAUGGCCCGAAUACAGUGGCACAGGUACUCAAGAAGCUGGCAGUGUUUGACACAUGGAGCCGAUUGGCAGUUCACGUGGCCAUGGACAACACGGUCAUAAUCGAGGAAAUUAAGAGGUUGUGUAUGCCAUGGUUGGACUUCGAGAGGGGAGCGUGCGCAGACCUUCUGGAGAUGAACGGGUAUAUGGAGGGGGCGUGUGCCAUGGCUUUGGAAGACACAGCUGUGUGGAAACCACUUGUGCUGCUCAUUCCCCUGCGCCUGGGCCUUAGCGAUAUCAACGAGGCCUACAUUGAAACUCUAAAGCAAUGCUUCAUGAUGCCUCAGUCUUUAGGGGUCAUUGGUGGGAAGCCGAAUAGCGCCCAUUACUUCAUCGGCUUUGUUGGUGAGGAGCUCAUAUACCUGGACCCCCAUACAACUCAGCCGGCUGUGGAGCCGUUUGAAAACGGAGAGAUUCAGGAUGACUCUUAUCACUGCCAGCACCCACCGUGUCGCAUGCACAUCUGUGAGCUCGACCCAUCCAUAGCUGUCGGCUUCUUCUGUCAAACAGAGGACGACUUUGAUGAUUGGUGUGCACAUAUUCGAAAAUUAUCCUGCUGUAGAGGAGGUCUUCCCAUGUUCGAACUUGUAGAUAGUCAGCCAUCACAUCUAAUCAACACUGAAGCCAUUAAUCUCACUCCUGAUUUCUCAGACUCGGACCGGCUUGAGCGUUUCUUUGACUCUGAAGAUGAGGAGUUUGAGAUCCUGUCUUUGUGAGGAUGAGAGCCAGUGAUUGUUCAUCAUACUGCGCUCAGUGCCACACUCGCAGAGAGGAGUAAUACCACUGACAUGAGGCCUGCCUGGCAGUUGGUGGCAUAGUCACCUGUGUAAAACUCAGCUUCCUGCUACACUGACUGCUCUCUGUGUCAUUUUGAGUCCCGAGGUCAGAGGUCAUCAUUAUCACAGGCUCUCAGGAGUCUCAGUAUGUUCAUAUUAACACUUAACGUGUAUCCAUUAUGAGUCUUAACACUUUUUGUUAGAAAGUGACCGUGCCUUUUUAUGCGCCUACACCAAUGCAGAUUUGCCAUAACUCACUUUCGGUGGUCAUCAGGAGCACGGCUGCUCAGAGUAUGCUCAUGACCUACACUGCUUUUGAUGUCUGUAACAAAUUGUAAAUGAAAACCGAGAUGUAAAAGUUACAGACCGAGUAGGUUAGCUUGUGUAGUACAGUACAUUUUAUCAAUGUUUAAAGUAUCUGUACACAAGUUUAUUUUAAGAUUAUUUAUUUAAUCACUUGUAAAAUAAAAUAAAAAAAAUGAAUAAAAAUACUCACCAUCCACUUUAUUAGGAACACCUGUACCUUCAUUCAGUUAUCUAAUCAGCCAAUCAUGUGGCAGCAACACAGUGCAAAAAAAUAAUCAUGCAGAUACAGGGCAAGGGCUGCAGUUACUGUUCACAUCAAACAUCAGAAUGGUGGGGUGGUGGGGAAUUGAGUGUGUUCUGUGACUCUGAACAUGGCAUGGUUGUUUGUACCAGAUGGGCAGGUUUGAGUAGUUCAUAAACUGAUGAUCUGGGAUUUUCACAUACAGCAGACUCUAGAGUUUACACAGAACGGUGAGCAGAAAAGCCAUCUCAGCAUGCACAAAACACUGAACCAAAACAUUGAGGUGAAUGAGCUACAACUGCAGAAGUCCGCAUCAGGUUUACUCCUGUCUUAAGCACAGGAAUCUGAGGCUGUCAUGGGCACAAGCUCACCCAGAUGGAACAAUUGAAGUUUAUACCUGUCUUAACUGUCCUGUUUGGGUGAGCCUGUGCCCAUGACAGCCUCAGAUUCCAGUUCUCGGCUGCCAGGAGUGAACGUGAGGUGGCUACAGAGAACAUUAACUGAAGCUCUUGACAUGUUAUCUGUGUGAUUUUAUGUAUUGUGCUACUGCCACAUGAUUGGCUGAUUGCAUAACUGCAUGAAUGUGCAGGUGUCCCCAAUAAAGUGGAUGGUAAGGUCAUAUAAAAUAAUGAUGACUACUUCUUUUAAUAAAAAGGAGGCUUUAAGAAGUAGUGUUACUUCCAGGCAAUGUCCAUGCACAGAACAACUGUGAUUAAAAAUGCUGUUAUAUGCA